AUGCCAGUUGAAUCCCUUCAUGCGGCAAAUUAUGGGCCGCCGCGGCGUCUUUUGAGUGAUGAUGAUGUCUUUCUUCUUGACCACUUCGAUGUUUCAGAGAGCAAGCACAAAACAGAAAAGUACUCAUCACAUGAAGAUAAAGAGAGUAUUGGAUUUUCGAAAAAUUUGUCUAUUAGGCAGUGUAAUGAAACUCGUCAACAGGAAGAAUCACGUUUUCCAAAUGUAUCCUACUCACGUGCUGAAUUGUUAGCAGGACAAUUAACAUGUGAAGGAGAUGAAUAUAUAGAUAUUGAGGUUGAUGCUUUAGGAGAACAGAAAGUAGAUCGUAAUGGAUUUUUGAAGGGUGGUCGUAAAUAUGCUGGUCGGACCUUUCAAGUGGUUGGACAUGGACAACGACUAUUUAUGUUAGGUACAGAAGUAGCACGGAUUACAAGUUAUCGGGAUUCAUAUUUACUUUUUCUGAAAAACAAGACACUUCGAAAGAUCAUAGCAUCUCAAGAAGAAAAGGAAGAUUUGAUUGUCAAAGAAAUUAUUCCAUAUUCUUAUCGAUCAAGGCAAAUUGCAAUAGUAACAGCACGGAGUGUUUUUAGACGCUUUGGGAGUCGAGUUAUUGUCUCAGGAAAACGUGGAAAAGAUGAUUAUUUUGAGCAGAUGGCAAAAGACGCUGGAAUACCUGUUGAGAAGUACUUAGAAGACAGUGAUCGGCACAGAUAUACAACAUUACCAUCAACAUCAGUCUCGACAGUCAAAUCUGAUGAUCGCAUAUCUGAUUCUAUUGCUUCUAAAUCUCUUUUAUCUACUACACAUGAUGUCAAUGCACGCCCUUCUCCUAUUCUAGACAUUUUACAACAUGCAAAAUCAGCCGUUGAAUUUAACCGACAAAUAACAAUACAAAGGAAAGAAAGAGAACUUUAUUUUCACAAGCAUUUUUACAAACGCUGA